UUGAAGGAGACGUUGUCCUGAGCAAACGGGACCUCGCAAAGUGGAUUGCUUCUGUGAUAGCUGGCCUGCAAUAAUACAGUAGCCGGGUGUCAAUAUAUUAGAGAUAGCUUUAGCUUAUGAUAAUCACAUAGAGACGGUAUCUGUGGGGCAAACAUACGGCGUAAAAUACAUACACCUGGGGAAGGACCACAGUACGGAGUACAAAUCUUAUUAUCUAAUUCCGAAUGCCCCAAUGCCCCUGAGCAUCAGCAUUGGUUAGGCUACACACUCCGUAAUUAAUGCGAAUCGGGAGUUGGAUUUUGGGGUAUUUCCGGGCCACUCAUUCCAUCACGUGCUCCCAUCUGGACUUCACAUGCCGGAAAGCUACACGACUAGCACUUCCUACAGAGUUCCGUACCUGGCGAAAAUCGGAUGAUAGUCCAGCUCUCCUACUCUAUCUUUUUCUUCCGCUUUGUUGUUGCCGUUGUUGUGCCGGACCUUGGGGCGUAAGGAGAAAUUUUCAGGUACUCCGUACUCUCCGCGGAGGAUGUCCGGAUGGCGUCAUGUUAGACGAGCAUGAUUUGCAGCUAGUAAUGUUCUUUGUACAGCGAUACAGUGUUCUUCUGUACAGUGCUCUGUACAGAAUAACGGGGCUCCUUGUAGGGGCGAUUCAAGCAGACAAAGUGGCAAGUCUAAUAAGACCAUCUUGGGAGCAACAGACGACAUUCAACAAGGGAGACUGAGAGAGACAUCGGACGAUCUCGGAAAAACACCGGAAAUUCUCUUAGUGCGGGGCGAGAAACUGUUAACCUGGAGA